ACAAGUCUUCCACAUUUAGAGAACCAAGACAAGUUGUGUCACUGCUGCUUAGUCACACGCCUCUCUGACCACAGGUCAUAGGAGCUGGCAUGCAAGAAGUGACAACAUCAGAAGUUAGUAUGGGUAAGAAGAAAGCAGGCGGAGGAAGCGGACUGGGCCGAGCUCUGAUCAAGGAGAGACUCCAGGCAGGCCGAGGAAACAAGAGGGGCGACUCGUGGAUUCACACCAGUGAGCUGAAUGAUGGCUAUGACUGGGGGCGGCUAAACCUGCAGUCGGUGACAGAACAGACUUCCAUGGAUGACUUUCUGGCCACUGCCGAACUGGCGGGAACAGAGUUCGUUGCAGAGAAACUCAACAUCAAGUUUGUGCCAGCGGAAGCCAGAGCAGGCUUAUUAACAGCUGAGGAGCGAACUAGGCUGAAGAAGCUGCAUGAAGACAACAAGCAUUUCCUCAGAAUUCCUCGGCGCCCCCACUGGGACGAAGGCACCAGUCCAGAUGCGCUUCAGCAAGCAGAGAAAGACAGCUUCUUGGAGUGGAGACGAGUGCUUGCACAGCUAGAAGAAGAACAGAAGUUAAUUCUCACCCCAUUUGAGAGGAACCUGGAGUUCUGGAGACAACUGUGGAGAGUGAUCGAGAGGAGUGACGUUGUCGUGCAAAUUGUUGAUGCCAGAAAUCCUUUGCUGUUCAGAUGUCCUGACCUAGAGUUGUACGUAAAGGAAGCGUCAGAGCAUAAGGUGAACAUGCUGUUGUUAAAUAAGGCAGACCUGCUGACCAGGGAGCAGCGGCGAUCCUGGGCCAGACACUUCCAAAAAGAGGGGCUUAGGGCGGUUUUCUGGUCUGCGCUGGCUGAGAGAGACCGACUGGAUGCAGAGGAAAAGGGCGUGGAAGUGGAGGAUCCAGAGUGUGAAGAGAGUGACCCAGAAGAGGAAGGAUGGCCAGACAAUGACUUGACCCAAAAAGGAGCAGCUGGAGAGAAGGGAGAAAAAAAGGUGGCGGAGGAGAAGGAAGAUGAAGAGGGAGAAGAGAGUGGUACAGACGAAGAGCAGCAGGAAAAGAUAACUGUAGAGGAGGAGGACUGGUACACCUGCUCAGAAGAUGGCGAAGAGGAAGGGGCUGUUGGUUCCUCCAACAAACCCUCCUUCUACAACUCCAGCCGUCUGCUGCAUAAGGAUGAGCUGCUUGACAUGUUUAAGGCUGUUCAUAACGGGCCCAGGUGUAAGGAAGGACAACUGACAGUGGGACUGGUUGGGUAUCCUAAUGUGGGAAAAAGUUCCACCAUCAACACUAUUUUAAGGAACAAGAAGGUGUCCGUUUCAGCCACUCCUGGACACACUAAGCACUUUCAGACUCUGUAUGUGGAGCCAGGCCUGUGCCUCUGUGACUGCCCAGGGCUGGUCAUGCCCUCCUUUGUUUCUACCAAAGCUGAGAUGAUCUGCUCUGGGAUCCUGCCCAUUGACCAGAUGAGAGAUCACGUACCUGCAGUCUCCCAUAUAUGUCAGCUGAUCCCUAGGCAUGUGUUAGAAGGCACCUACGGCAUCAACAUCAUCCGACCACGAGAAGAUGAAGACCCCGACAGGCCCCCCACGUCUGAGGAGCUGCUGAUGGCUUAUGGAUACAUGAGAGGCUUCAUGACGACGCAUGGCCAGCCUGAUCAGUCCAGAUCAGCCCGGUACAUCCUGAAGGAUUAUGUCUGCGGAAAGCUUCUGUACUGCCAUGCUCCUUCAUAUAUUAAUGCUGAGGACUUCCAGCCGCAGCACAACAAGUUCCUGAAUAGAGACUCGGACGGCUGUGACCUCUCCUCCUCCUCCACAACAACAAACAAACAGAAAAUCCGGAGAAUUGAAAAUGUGGUUGACAAGAACUUCUUCCAUCAGGAGAAUGUGCGGGCGCUCUCUAAGGGGGUUCAGUCGGUCAUGGGCUACAAGCCAGGCAGCGGACCUGUCGGCCCCGGAAAACCUGGAUCAGAGGCGGUGGUGGGAAAACCCUGGAAAAAACACGGCAACCACAACAAGAAGGAGAAAGUACGCCGUCUUACCAAGCAUCUGGACGCCUGACGAUGAUCUAAAAAAAAAAAAAAAAGCAUUUUUAAUUACAGAUACAUUUCAGCAGGAAUGGAAAAGUGCACUGCAGUUCACAUGUGAUUCCAAAGGAAUUUAUGCUGAUUAGUAUCUGUAGGUAGAUAUAGGCCCUUUAAUCCUGUGAGUAUGGAAAGAUCAGACUGUCUCUAUUAUUAUAUUAACAAAUGAUGAUCAUGUACAGCUCUGGGUAGAAAAUCAUAUUGGUGCAAUGCAUUCUAUAAACUGGAUCACCAGUUGUACAUCCGAUCUCCCCACAGUGUUCAGAAAUGGACUCAACAUUCAGAGGAUGUGAAUUUUAUUACACAUUGAACAGGACAUUUUCAAUUUGUAUUUUGAAGGUG